UUAAUAUACAAUCUAUUAUGGUGAUGUCUUAUUGUACACCGGAAAUCACGUGUUCCUGUGUUCACAUCACUGCCGGUCGUAAAAACCAAACUACCAAGAUGGCGGAUAUUAAAUUUUUGGUCGACGACGACGACAACGCUGAGGAAGAGCAAGAAGACGACGGAUUGGAGGACGAAACUGACGAUAAUUCAAUGCUGGACAAAGAAAUCCCAGAAGAGCUCAUCUCUCCAUUGACAAAAAUGGAUCGCUACAUGAAUAGCGAAAUUAUUUUCAACAGACGCAUGGCUUCUAGAUGCGUCCUAGAGUGUUUGCGAUCUGUUAAGUCCGAUGAAGAAUGCUAUACUGUCUUACAGGCUAUGGUUCGUCUCUCUGAUGACAUAGAGGCUGCAGUUCGUAUUGAAGUAAUGGAACAAAUACCUCAUGUUGCAGUUUUAUGCGUGGAACAUAGAGGCUUACAUUUUGCCAUUUCACAAUAUAUUUUACCUGUUGUUGUGAGAUAUCUUACAGAUCCUAAUAACCAGGUACGCAAAACAAGUCAAGCUGCUCUGUUGUUGCUUUUGGAACAGGAUGUUAUUGAACGAGUUGAAAUUGAGCAGCAGAUAUGUCCUGUACUAAUCCAGUUAUGCAGCAUAGAUAGCACAGAUGACUUCAGAACUGAAGCUGUUACUUUAAUGAGCAAAAUGGCCCCUAUGGUUGGCAGAGAAAUCACAGAGAGAUAUUUUCUUGGUCAAUUUGAUAAUCUCUGUUCUGAUCCACUGUUUCAUGUUCGAAAAGUUUGUGCAGGUAAUUUUGGUGAAAUAUGUGAGGUCGUUGGAAAUGAACUUACUGAAAAACGUUUGCUUCCAGUUUUCAUAAAACUAUGUCAAGAUGGAGUGUGGGGUGUGAGGAAGGCAUGUGCUGAAUGCUUUAUGAAUGUAUCUACGGUUGCUUCAAGGGAAGUCAGAAAAAAUAGACUUGCGCCAUUGUUUAUCAAUUUGCUGGGAGACAAGUCACGUUGGGUUCAAAUGGCUGCUUACCAAAGCCUUGGUCCUUUUAUAUCAACAUUUGCAGAUCCUCGCAACUCUGGUUUUUAUGUUGAUCAGCAUGGAAAACUUUGCAAGUUUGUUAUUCCAGAUAAGUCUGAGGGAGAGAGCUCAUCAGAAGAAACGAUUGGUGAUGAGAAAAAGAAUGCAAAUGAUCUUAGUUUACUGACAGAAAGUAAUGGUAUUGAAGUAAAAACAACAGACUCUGGAUAUAUGUCACCUCCCGAAGCACAUCUCGAUGGAGAUCUUAAUGAAAAUCAAACAUUUGAUUCGCCAGUUGACACAGAAACUUGUAUUGACAUGAAACCAACCGAUGCAAUACUAGACACUUACAACUCAUUCAACUACUGGCGAACGCCAAUACCUUCAAUUUUUGAUAGUGAUGAAGAUGAAGAUGAUGAUGAUGAUAAUAUAUUUGAGGAUAGAAAUGGUGAUAUGACAAGUGGUGACUUGAAAUCAGAGAGCGAUGAUAUGAGUAGUGAUGAUUUGAAGAUGGAGGUUGAUGUUAAUAAUGACUUCUCUUUGGAUAAACCAAAUCAGACAUCAGAUGAUCUUCCUGCGGUAAACAAUCUUGGUUUAUUAGAUGUGGAUACUGACGAUAAUGCAAAGGAUCUCGUGUGUAUUGAAAAUGUUGAAGAUUCACCAGAACAAAUGCAGCCAUUACCUGCUGUUUCAAGUUUGAGAUUAAAUGAUGACUACCUACAACCUUACUCAUCAAACAUUUGUUUUGAUGAAGAUAGAAGUCAAUUAUCUAGUCCACCACAAUCUCCUUAUCAUGAACAGAAAGUGAUUCCUCAACCAUUACUUGACCAUUUUAUAUCAAUGACUGAACCAUCUAAAGCUCAAGCCAUUGAUACAGAUCUUGCUAAGCAUUGUGCAUUCAGUUUUCCUGCGGUUACACUAACUUUGGGUGCAAGAAAUUGGAAAUGUUUAAAAGACACAUACGAACAUCUUUCCUCAGAUAUGCAGUGGAAAGUUCGUCGCACUUUGGCAUUCUCCAUUCACGAACUUUCAGAAAUCUUGGGUGCACACAUCACUCGGAUGGAUCUCGUUCCCAUUUUCGACAAUUUCCUUAAGGAUUUGGAUGAGGUGCGGAUUGGCGUUUUGAAGAAUCUUGCAAGAUUUGUAAAGCUUCUUGCUCCCGACUUAAGAGCUAAUUAUUUAAAAAACUACACGGAUUUUCUUAGCACUGAUAACGCACGUAACUGGAGAUUUCGCUACGAAUUAGCAGAACAGUUAAUCAUGUUGGUUGAUGUCUAUCAAGGAGCUGAAGUGAGCGAAUUUAUUUGUCCUAUCGCCUUGUCACUUGGUGCUGAUCGCGUAGCUGAAGUGAGAUUGAUCUCUUAUAAAUUAGUCGGUAUAUUAUUACUCAAAUUAAACCCGGAGAAUAGUUCUGAAUUUAGAAAGAAAUUUAUAGAUGAAAUUGUUGAACAUUAUGCAUCAAGUGAGCAUUGGUUUAGAAGAUUAUCAUACUGUCAAUUAUGCGAGGUGCUGCUCGAAGAAGAUUUCAUCACAGCUGAGAAAUUUGCCAUCGACUUUCUACCGUAUCUUCUUUCGUACCAAACGGACGAGAUCGUCAACGUUAAACUUGCGUUAUCGCGGACCUUAACGCGUGCUGUUAUGGUUACAGAUUACUUUUGUCGCCCGGAAUGUAAAGAUAGUGAAAAAGUUUUGGAGGCUAUUGAACGUCUUCAAUCGGACAACGAUCGUGAUGUACGGUACUUCGCAGGCCGUGAUGAAGAGGUUCCCUAUGAAGGCCGACGAUAUAGCGAUGAUGAGAGAUACAUAAAACAUGCGACAAGCCAUGAAUCUCUUGAACAAAUUGGUCAGUCACCUUUGGAAGAUAAGUCGGCUGAAGAGCAGCUUAGAGCAAAGUUGUCGUCCGUAGAGACAAGCGAGACAAGGUUCCAGGAAGAUAUAGAUGCUGAACAAGUGGUAGAAGAAGAUGCUGGAUUGAAAACUGAAAAUGUUGAGGAAAUUGAUGGUCUUGAUGAACAAUUUGAUGAUCAAGAAGUAAAGAGUGAACCAGGUUGUGUCCUAAAUGAGGUUGUUAAGGAUGUAGUGGGAAAAUGUAAUGAAGAAAAACCUCAGGAUAUACAACAUUUGGUGGUGACAGAAGAAGGCCAGGAGAAAAAUAUGGUUGUUGGGCUGGAACUGUAAAGUAGAACAUCCUGAUGGCAGCAUCAAUAUUGUAGUUCAACCAUUGUGGUAUUCUAUCCCACAUUCAUGUUGUACCAUUCUCUGCUGAAGUAUAUUCAUCUAAAUGCUUACAAAUCUCUUACCUAGUGCUGUAAUUGGUGAAAUUUUCAUUCUUAAUCUAUCGUUCAAAAACAGACAAAAUUGAUGAACAGAAAGCAAUUGAUAUUUUAAACAUGGCAUUUUGUGAGAAAUGUUCCAACACUUAAUGAUGUACUAUUAGCACAGGCCAGCACUAUUAGCCAAUAAUACCACACAUAAAUUCAUUAUUGAUACACACUUUAUUAAGUAAAUGAAAAAUCUUUCACACUGAGGACAAAUGAUUAAUUUAUUCUACAUUUUCUUGCUGAAAGUACAUGAUUGUAAAAUAUGGAAAUUUAAGUAAAAUUACAUUACAUGUCUUAUGAGUUUUAA